AAUAAAAUGUUUGAUGUUAAAAUCGUGCACCUACUUUUGUUCCACCGAAAUCACGUAACGUGCAUGUUUUGUGUCCGAGCGGGCCGAGCCAUUCAAACCGGAGCAAAUUAGUCAGGCGCUGGUGGCUUCAGCGAGUCUCGGCCAAUCAGCGAGCAGCGUCGCCAAAAAGGUCCCGCCUCUGACGAGAUUCUUGGCCACCCAUUGGCUGACACCGAGAGGCAGCCCAUGUCGGGGGCGUGGCUCUUCCGUGACGGUGAGCUCCAUCCAAAAGGUGCGACGCGGACGAGCUGCAGCCGGGAAGAGGACCACGACUGCCGGGGAGAGCGUCACGGUUGUCCCGCGGAAGAGAACGGCAAAGGGUGGACCUGUCGAAACGCACCAAAAAAAAAAAAAACCAAAAGGAGCUCGUUCAAGUGUAAAGCUGACGUCGAGCGGCACUCCGAGGCAAACGUUCCAGGCGCAAGUGGUCCUGCUGCAGACAUGAAAAGCGACACGGAAGUCGCCAGGAGGCGAGCGCAAAACGGCGGCCGCGGCCGGUCGGCGUCGGACAAGACGGCGGAGCCCGUGCGGUGGGGGAGAGCUUGGGAGGUGGACUGGUUCUCUCUGCUGAGCGUGGUGGCCCUGCUGUGCUCGGCGCCGUUCAUCGUCUUCUUCUUCGUGAUGGCCUGCGACCAGUACCGCUGCUCGCUCGCGCAGCCCGUCCUGGAGCUCUACAGCGGCGAGGCCACCCUGUCCUCCAUCUGGGCCCGGGUGCCCUCCGUCACCUGGUCGGCCGCCAGGAUCUACGCCGGCUGGGUCGCCUUCCAGGUGCUGUUGUACACGUGCGUGCCCGACGUCCUCCACAAAGUGCUGCCCGGUUACGUCGGGGGAGUUCAGGAGGGCGCGCGAACCCCCGCAGGCCUGGUCAACAAGUACGAGAUCAACGGGCUGCAGUGCUGGCUCGUCACGCACGCGCUGUGGCUGGCCAACGCCGGCUACUUCCUGUGGUUCUCGCCCACCGUCAUCUUCGACAACUGGAUCCCGCUGAUGUGGUGCGCCAACGCGCUGGGCUACAGCGUGGCCACCUUCGCUUUCGUCAAGGCUUAUUUGUUCCCCACCAACGCGCGGGACUGCAAGUUUACAGGCAACGUCUUUUACAACUACAUGAUGGGCAUCGAGUUCAACCCCCGCGUGGGCAAGUGGUUCGACUUCAAGCUCUUCUUCAACGGGCGCCCGGGCAUCGUGGCCUGGACCCUCAUCAACCUUUCCUACGUGGCCAAGCAACGAGAGCUCUACGGCUACGUCAGCAACUCCAUGGUGUUGGUCAACGUCCUGCAGGCCAUCUACGUGUUGGAUUUCUUCUGGAACGAGACCUGGUACCUGAAGACCAUCGACAUCUGCCACGACCACUUCGGCUGGUACUUGGGCUGGGGGGACUGCGUGUGGCUGCCGUACCUCUACACGCUUCAGGGUCUGUACCUGGUCUACCACCCGGUGCAGCUGUCGGAGGCUCACGCGCUGGCCGUGCUGCUGCUGGGCCUGGCGGGCUACUACGUCUUCCGCGCCGCCAACCACCAGAAGGACCUGUUCCGCCGCACGCAGGGCGCCUGCGCCAUCUGGGGCCGGCCCCCUUCCUACAUCGAGUGCUCGUACCGCUCCGCCGACGGCGGCGCGCACCGCAGCAAGCUGCUGACGUCGGGCUUCUGGGGCCUGGCGCGCCACUUCAACUACACGGGCGACCUGAUGGGCUCGCUGGCGUACUGCGCCGCCUGCGGAUUCGGACAUCCGCUGCCGUACUUCUACGCGGUCUACAUGAGCGUCCUGCUGGUGCACCGCUGCCUGCGAGACGAGCACCGCUGCGGAAGCAAGUACGGCGCCGACUGGAAGCGCUACACGGACGCUGUGCCGCACCGACUCGUCCCCGGGAUCUUCUAGCCGCGUUCGCGGCCCCCCCACCCCCGCACGAGGAACUAAAGAGCGCCGCCGUGGACCGAAUGUCUUGCGGUCCGAUGACUUGUGACGAUCGCCACCAGAGACCGAACCAGUCACGUCUUGCCCGGCUGGCACCUGCGGGAAAGGUUCCGGUGUCCGUUUCAUCAACGUUUUUGGACCGACUUCCUUGCAUACACUGCCGAUGACAUGAGUUCAAAGUGGUUUUAGAUCACGCGUGUCGAAGUCCGGAAAUAGUGCACGUCAUGCCAAAUACCUUUUACUUUUUUUUUUGCUUUAAUUCCAUAUCUUUUACAAUCUAUUUGAUGGAACACUGAAUUAGGAGCACAUCUCUUUACAUAUAUUUUUUAUAUCAAAUUGCUAAUUACUAGAUAUCCAACAUUUAUACAAAAAAAUCAAAAUCAUGUAAUAACGCUAUAAUAAGGGAUUUCCCUUAUUAUAGCGUUAUUACAUGACCCUCAUCCAUUUUAAAGGUCGCAUUAACAACUGGCAAAACCAUCUUUACAAAUGGUAGGAAUUCAAUAAGUGCUCACUCGGUAAUGUUCAGCGUGACUGAUGUGCACGUCAUAUGCAAAAUUAUAACACUUUCUCAAAAACGGUCGCUAAGGGCAUCACAAAAGCUUCAAUUUAACAUGAAAUAUUGCACUUCCAAGACUGCUUUUGUAAAGUUUAUGCAUUUGAACGAGGAUGCUCUUUGAAGCAUUAAUGCUGUGGAAACGUAUUUAUGAAAAAAAAAAAAAAAAAAAGAUCAUCAUCCUCAAUGCAAAUGAAUUGAUGGAAUGAAAAGCGAUUUGAUGAAAUUCACGUCUCCGCUUCAAGCUGACAUAUUCCACGUGGCCGGUAGAGGGCAGCAAAUGACAAUCAAAGUUUACUUUUUGUUUUUUUUUUUAUUUGCUGGUAUGGUAAUAGUGUCUUAAUAUCAUAUUUUGUGGGGAAUUUUAAAUGAUAUUUUUUUUGGGGGGGUGCAUUUAAAAAUAAAUCUUAUCUACAAAUGACCUGGCCUGUCUGUACGUAUUAAAAAUGAAAUGUGCCUCAUGAGUUGAACUCCAGCCCUCCUGCAGUCGUUCAAGUUUUGUCUUUUUCCCCCCUUACAUUUGCAUAAAAGUUAAGAAUUCUAGAAUUUUAUUUAUAUCAGCAUGUAAAUAUGCAGAAUA